UUGCUAAGGCUAACAAAUUUGAAACAAUUUUUUUAAAAAAUUUGCGACUAAUAUUGCAACUAACAUGGUAGUUGCUACUAUUGUUUUUAAAAUUUAUUAAAAAGGAAUUAAAACCCUUAAUAUAUAAUAAGUUUUUUUUUUUGGUACGGAAAUAUAAAAACCCUUAGUAAAAGUAGUACAAUAAGUUGUUGCCGCCAAAAAACACAAUAAACAAUUAUAUCAAUCCUUCCUUAAAAAAAAAUUCAUCACUCCUUAUUUACAAACAUUGCUGCUCGAGUGCUCGAUACUCUUCAUCCUCACAAAAAAAAAACAAAGGACAAAAAACGAAGGCCAGUGCAAUUCAGAACUUCAGAUCAAACCCACGUCGUCUUCAUCUCCUCUCCGUUCUUUGGAAAUGAAAUCCUUCAUGAAAAAUUCAAAAUUUGGUCGGGGAGGUAAUCAAGGUGGUGUCCGAGCCAAUAAUCAAUCGGUUGAUCAAGACAAUCCUGUGGUCACACGACCGACACCACCACCUUCUAAUGGUCCUGUGCAAGUAAAUUCUAAUGCUGAUGUUGCUGUUGAGAAUGAUGUGGCACCACAAAAUUUGAAUGGAGUAGAACAAGGAAAGAUUGAGCUCUCACAAGAUGGGCUAUGGUUUGAUGACCAUACCGUUAGUGGAAAUGUCACAAAAUCUUGGAAGGCACACUACAACCACCCAUACAUGAAUUUUACUAAGGUGCCACUUAUGGUUAGGGAUCGUUGGUUCACUGACUUUAAGCGUACAUAUACUUGGAGACCUGAGUUCGACGCUAAGGCUAGGAAAGAAUUUGACAAAAAAGCUGGGGACCGACUUAGGGGCACAUUGAACCAAGUUUACAAAAUGGCUCUCCAUAAGCAAGUUAGUUUCAUGACUGACACUGUUCGAGCUGAAUUCAUAAAUAAGCGUAAGCAUCCCGAUUUUGUAAAACGUUCUAACCAAGCAAGAGAUAAUCGGUUAUCUGGCCAAACAUUAGAGAAGUUUGACCCUGGCCAUCGCCAAGGUAGCGUAUCUACUCCUCAAGUGGUUAAAAAAAUGGCAAAGAAAAAGGAUGGAAUUUUACCAACUGCUGCUGAUGUCUAUGAGAGCACUCAUUCUGUUUGUGUGGGCAAUGAUGAAGUUGAAUUGAUGGGUGACAAGUCUAAAAAAUUCAUGAGAGAAUAUAUGGAAAAACUUGAGGAAUAUAAGAACAAAGGAAUUGAGAUAAACCCCGACAAAGUCUACUUGGAGGUUGUAGGUGGGCAAAAGAAAGGAAAAGUCUACGGUUUAGGGAGUGCUUCACAAAUGUAUUACAAGAGCGAUCCUACUUCUCAAUCUACUGCAUCAUCUUCCACUCCUUCCAUGAUUUCUCAAUUAAGUUCUCAAGUUGAAGAACUAAAGAAGAUGGCGGAAGAAAACCAUAACAAGGUGGAAGAAAGCUAAAAAAUAGCGGCAGAGAGCUUAAAAUGUGCUCAGGAAUUCGUCGAAAAUCAUGAGAUCGAAAAAGCUACAUGGAAGAAGGAAAAAUUAGCUAUGCAAAAAACAUUGCAGAAAAUAGCAUCACUUGUAAAACAAUUUUACCGUCCUUAUAAGCCUCCUACGCCUGCAGUCACCUGCUCUCGUGAUACAACUAAGUGAUUUUUAUUUUAUUGGUGGUAAUUUUAUGAACAACUGGUCUUUUACAUUGUCAUUAGUUCUUAUUUGAAGCAGCUUUUUUUAUAUGGGAGGUGACUUUUGGAACAAUUAGUCAUAUGAGUUAAAUAUUGUUUUUUAAUACAU